AUGCUCGGCAAGAUCGCUCUCGAAGAAGCCUUCGCGCUCCCACGUUUUGAAGAGAAGACCCGCUGGUGGGCAUCUCUCUUCUCUACAGACCCCGAAACCCACGUUAAGGAAAUCACAGACAUCACCAAGAUGCGCAUUGAGCACGCGGACAAGUAUGGCGUCGGUUACCAGAUUCUUUCCUACACUGCCCCUGGUGUACAGGACAUUUGGGACCCCGCGGAGGCGCAGGCUCUCGCGGUCGAGAUCAAUGACUACAUUGCUGAGCAGAUCAAGGAGCGCCCGGAUCGAUUUGGGGCUUUUGCGACACUGUCAAUGCACGAUCCUCAAGAAGCAGCCACCGAGCUCCGUCGCUGUGUCGAGAAGUACGGUUUCCUCGGCGCGCUGGUCAACGACACUCAGCGCGCAGGUCCAGACGGUGACGAUAUGAUUUUCUACGAUAAUGCAUCUUGGGAUGUCUUCUGGAAAACCUGCACAGACCUCAACGUGCCGCUCUACCUGCACCCGCGAAACCCCACGGGCACAAUCUAUAACAAGCUGUGGGCUGACCGUAAAUGGCUCGUUGGACCGCCUCUCAGUUUUGCGCAGGGCGUUUCCUUGCACGUGCUGGGGAUGGUUACGAAUGGCGUCUUUGACCGCCAUCCCAAGCUUCAAAUUAUCCUCGGCCAUCUAGGCGAGCACAUACCCUUCGACAUGUGGCGGAUAAACCACUGGUUCGAGGACCGCAAGAAGCAGCUUGGUCUGGCGGAGACGUGUAAGCGGACGAUUCGGGAGUACUUUGCGGACAAUCUGUGGAUUACGACAAGUGGUCACUUUUCAACGAAUACGCUCAAGUUCUGUAUGGGCGAGGUUUCGGCGGAUCGUAUUCUGUUCAGUAUUGAUUAUCCUUUUGAACAUUUUGAGGAUGCUUGUGAGUGGUUUGAUAGUGCGGAGUUGAACCUUGUUGAUAAGGUUAAGAUCGGGAGGGAGAAUGCAAAACGACUGUUUAGGUUGGGUCCGUAUAAGGAUUCGGAGGCUUGA